CGGUGGUUCCCCAAAAGCCAUCCAACACCGCGCACUCCAUCCGCGCCGCCGCCGCCCUCUGCUGCCAUGGCGCUCCCGUCCAUCUCGAUCUCGGACCCCAUCCUCAGAAACCCGGGGCCGCAGCAGCAGGUGUGCAGGCACUUCUUCGUGGCGGGCAGCAACGGCAUGUCGUACCGGGACCUCCAGGCCGCGCUGGACCUCACGCCCGCCACGGUCACCAGGCUCACCAACGCCCUCGUCGCGCUGGGGGUCCUCAAGAAGGUCCCCGGCGCCCGGCGCCCCCGCACCCUGAACCGGCAGGCCUUGGUCAAGACGGAUUUCUAGCAAUGCGUACGCUCUCUCGCCUGCGACUUGUCCUGGAAUUCAGCUUCAGAUUGCUUAUAACACUGCAGUUGGCCUCUGUACGUAAAUCUCUCAACGACGUUAGUCAUUUUCCACUUAGUAUGGAUCAAAGGGAGCGGAGUUGGCGUUGACUUGUUCAAUAAUACUACAAUAUCUCGAUUAUGUGAUAUUUACAUGUGUGGAGUACUUGAGAACUCUUUUUACCCCAUGAAUUGAUGAAUGAAUGGCAGCUUGUUGUGCUCUUUGUUUUGUGCCAUUUUUCUGGGCAGACGCAAUAACUUGUUCAGCAUUUUCAGUUUGGAUGGCCAGAAUUCCAUCUUUAUGGUCAAGAACUCAAGAUUAUCCUUCUGUUGCCCGGCUGGACUGCUAGCUGCAGAUUGAUCUAGGUACAUUUCCUUUCCUAGUCCAUGUUCUCACAAGUCAGUGCACUGAUAUUCACAAACAUUGAAUCGAUAUUUACUGUCUGACAUAUGCAAAAUGAUACUCCUACCUUGCUUUCAGGCUUUAGCAUAUCUUUUUCUUCAAAGAAACUUGGGCUUCCAACUUACCUCCUUUGUUUUGGUUAAUAGGUCUAUAAAUGUGAGAAUGAUCAAAGCUAGCCGAGGAAGUUUCAACUCAUUUGAGCAUUGAUUAAAGCUGCAUAUCAAUAAGGAGUAGAUUAUAUGAAGUAUAGAUGCUACUCUGACAACAUCGCAAAAGUUUAUUGGCGUGAAUAGAAAAUCAAAAUGAUAAGAUGGCGUCGAUCUGAAGGAAAAUAAAUUAACUAGUGUAGCGAGCCAACUGUCCUUGAUCCCAACAGCAUAAAAUGGCUGGCAUGCAUGUUAGGGAAUUGAUCGUUAGUCAGUCAACUAUCCAUGUUACCAGCACCUUCAAGCAUAUGAAUAGAAAACUAUCCAUGUUCCCAGUCAACUAUGCAUGUUAGGGAAUUGAUUAUUAGCAGAAUUAGAUAUUUAGAUGGUCCAGAUAUGGAAGUAAGGAAUCAGGUUGAUUAGCUUACCACAUAGACAAGCACCUUCAAGCAUCACACCCAUUCUUGGAGCAAAAGGAGAAAGCCAAGAGAGAAACACCAAGCACGCUGAAGAGUGGAGAGAUGGUGGUAUCAACCAUGGCAAGCGCUUCCACUGGUGUGAUGAACUCCCUCCUUGCAAAGCUUGCCACAUUGAUGGGGGAGGAAUAUCGUAAGAUCAAAGGCGUUCGCAACAAGGUGGCGUCUCUUCAGGGAGAGCUCAACAGCAUGAAUGCUCUUCUUGUGAAGCUCGCGGGAAUGGACGAGCUUGAUGUUCAGGCCAAGGAGUGGAGGGACCAAGUCAGGGAGAUGACGUACGACAUCGAAGACUGCAUCGACGACUUCAUGCGUGAUCUCGCUGAAAAAGGUACAGGCACUGGGUUUCUCAAGAAGACAGGGGAACGCCUAAAGAAGCUCAAGGUGCGCUAUCAGAUUGCAAACAAGAUCCAGGAGAUCGAGACUCGUGUAAAUGGAGUGCAUGAACGCCGCAUGAGGUACAAGAUUGAUGAGUACACUCCAUCUUCCACUAUUGUCCCCGUUGACCCUAGAGUGGUUGCCAUGUAUGCGGAUGCGGCUGGUCUUGUCGGUAUCCAUGCUCCAAGAGACGAGCUUGUCAAGCUGUUGACAGGCGAAGAGAAAGAGUUGAGGGUUGCUUCUGUUGUUGGAUUUGGAGGUCUUGGCAAAACCACACUCGCAAAUGAAGUGUACCGCAAGCUUCAAGGGAAAUUUGAUUGUCAAGCAUUCGUGUCGGUAUCUCAAAACCCCGACAUGUCUAGCCUUCUCAGUAAUUUAUUAUCGAAACUUGGGGGACAGCAAUCUUCUCAAACUGGCAAGUUGAACGAUUUGAUCGACAGUAUCAGGACACAUCUAAUGAAUAAGAGGUACUUUAUCAUAAUUGAUGAUUUAUGGGAUUCCUCGGCAUGGAACAUAAUUAGAUGUGCUUUUCCCCAAAACAUUGGUGGCAGUAGAGUGCUGACAACUACAAGGAUUCACUCUGUUGCUCUUGCGUGCUGCUCUAAUAGAAAAGAGUACAUUUAUAAGAUCAAAUCUCUUGAUGAAGAAGAUUCAAGAAGACUAUUCUUUAGUAGAAUAUUUGGACCAGGAGAAAAUUGUCCUGUUGAAUUCGAAGAGGUUUCGGCUGACAUUCUGAAAAGAUGUGGUGGCUUGCCACUUGCCAUUAUCAGUAUAUCAAGCCUUCUAGCUGGUCAAUCGAAGCCAAUGUGGGAAUAUGUAAGGAAUUCUUUGGGGUCCAUGUUUGAAGGAAAUCCUACUCUAGAUGAAAUGAAGCAAAUAUUGGACCUUAGCUACAGAAAUCUUCCUCGCCAUCUAAAGACAUGUCUGCUUUAUCUUGGUAUUUAUCCAGAGGACCAUGAGAUAAUGAAGAAUGAUUUGUCGAGGCAAUGGAUAGCUGAAGGUUUCGUGAGUACAGUUCAUGGGCUAGAUGCAGAGGAUGUUGCAGGAAGCUACUUCAACGAACUCAUCAACAGGAGCAUGAUCCAGCCUGUGAUUAAGAACUACAAUGAUGAGGUGUUGUCGUGCAGAGUGCAUGAUAUAAUGCUCGAUCUUAUCAGAUCUAAGAGUGCAGAAGAAAAUUUUAUAGCUGUAAUAGAUGAUCCACAACUUGUGACAGGAGGGCACAAAAAGAUACGCCGAGUGUCCCUUUACUAUGAUGGUGAAGAACAUGUCAUGAUACCGGCAACAACCAUUGAGUCACUAUCACAAGUACGAACGGUCGCAGUAUUCGGUAGCAUUUUCUCCCCUUCUUUUCUGAAGUUGAGGUAUACCCGAGUUCUACACUUGGUAUGUUCAGAAAGCCAAGGGCUGGACCUCACUGGUUUGUGUGGAUUGGUUAUGUUAAGAUAUUUAAAAGUGAAAUGUAAGUUGUUCUUCAAGGUGAAGCUGCCUACUCAAAUCGGGAAGCUACAGCAAUUGGAGACAAUUGACGUAGAAGGUGCAUGGAUAGUCAACAUUCCAUCAGAUAUUGUUAGAUUACCCCAGUUGUCGCAUCUCACUGUUGGAAAAGACACACUGCUACCUGACGGGAUUGGCCAGUUGAAAUGCCUGCGUACCCUUGGCUGGUUUGAUUUGAUUAGAAACUCGGUAGGCAACAUUGAAUUCCUCGGCGAGCUGACCAACUUGACAAAACUUCGCAUCAUUUUCGAUUGGAAGAUAGGCUCGCCAGAUAACGCAACACUGGCGAGACGUUUGGAAGCCCUGGGCUCUUCCCUUGGGAGACUGUCGCAAUCUUCCAACAGCUUCAAGUCCCUUGUUCUGGAAAUGAAGUACCCUUCAUGGCUGCCAUUGCAUGGCUGGAUCACACUGUCUCCUUCACCUCGCCAUCUUCGGGUGCUCUCUCUGGAUGGCUUGUGGUUCUCCAGGAUCCCAAAGUGGAUUGCUGAACUCCGUGACCUCAAAGCAUUGGUACUAAUGAUCACGGAGCUGGUGUGCAAUGAUGAUGCCGGUGUCGAUAUUCUUGCACGAUUGCCCUCCCUUGUCUUACUCAAGCUCUGCAUCAGAGAUUACCCACAAGAAAGGGUCGUCAUUUCUGGCAGUGUUGCCAAAUUCCAAGCUCUCGAGUACCUGGUGUUCCAGUGUCCUAAGCUGUUUAUGUCCUUCGAGGUCGGGGCCCUUCCAAGGCUCCAGUCGCUCUACCUUCGUUUCAAUUUGGAUGGUUUGCCUCCCUUGGCCACCUCUAUAUGGGAGCAAGACGGUGGCAUGCGCCUACCAGUUGGCAUCGAACACUUGCCAGCUGGCCUCAGACAAGUCAAUUUCGAGAAAAAUGGACUACAGCAAUGACAGGCGCGACGCAGAAGCUGCAAAGUCUGCACUGACUAAUGCUUUUGCGGCGCAUCAUCCUGCCGCUAAGUUGGUCUUCGACCACUUUGGCUGGAACUGAAAAGCGAUGAUUCAAGUUGAAGACGGGAAGCAUGUCUUUUUUCAGGGAGAAGCUGGAGUACUCUUUUUUCUUUUGCGACAGCACGAGAAGCAGGUGCCUGCUGGUACGUCUGAGUUCCUACUCUCCGAUUCAGCUCUUUCUUAAUUUGUUCUUACCUACCAAUGAUUUCUUCUAAUGCACAUCUGAAGAAUUCGGGCCACACCUAGUAACCCAGCAACUGUUGUGACUUGUGAGCCUGAUUAAAGACGAGGUCAGGCUAGGCCCUUUUGGAGUGAUUGUGUAAGUGUGCACAGCCGAGCUACCAGUGGUGUAGCAUCGUACUUUUCUUUUAUGCAUCCAGGCUGGACUUCAAGCCUUCAACCUUGUAAUGCUAGAGCUUCGAGCCGCUUCUAAUUCAGCCGGCUAGCUUUAUUGUCUGCCAGACACUUCAAAUUCAGCCGGCUAAGUCUCGGGUCAUAUUGCAGGAUCGUGUUGUGUUUUUUGGCUACCAGACUACAGUAUGAUUGUUGUAGCAUUGUACCUCUUGUCUGGAAGGAUGUAACGAUUCUAGUUGACUUA